AUGUAUCGUCAGAGUAAAGUAGGUGAGGGGAAGGGAUGGUUGUGCGGGGUUGGUGUGUCGGAGAAACAAGAAGGCCGGUGGUCGGCCGGAACUUCUCCGGUCGCCGGCAGAGAAUAUGAGAGGGGGUUUGAAAAUGGAAUGGGGGGUAGGGUUUGGAAUUCUUGUACAUGCACCAAAUAUUACACGACCUACGAAUGUUCGCCACCGGUUUCAAGUACAACGGAGGCGACACUAACAUUGAACAGUUUCCAAGAAGGAGGUGAUGGAGGUAGCGAAUCAGCAUGCGAUGGUAGUUUCCACUCCGAUGACACCGCGGUAGUAGCACUAUCAACAGGGUGGUUCAAUGGAGGUAGCAGGUGUGGCAAUUUCAUCACUAUCAAUGGUAAUGGACGAAGUGUACAGGCCAUGGUUGUUGAUGAGUGUGACUCUAAUAUGGGUUGUGAUGAAGAGCAUGCCUAUCAACCCCCAUGCCGCAAUAACAUUGUUGAUGCCUCUAAAGCAGUUUGGGAAGCUUUGGAUGUAUCAGAAGUUAAUCAGGGAGAAUUAGAAAUAACUUGGUCAGAUGCAUAACUUUCUCUUUCUAUGGUCCAUUAUCAAGUAAAAUGAUGCUACUUAUUUUAUUGGCUUUUAAAAUUU